AAAAAAAAAAUUACCUUAACCUUUUUUCAGUUCUCCAGUUUGAAACACUGCAGAAAAUGCUGCACUGUAGCUCUGCAUUCUCACAAUUUGAUCUUCCCUUAUGUAUUUUGCUUAUCAGUAAAAUUAGUUAAUGGCAUCAAUAUUUAUUAUUCUCUUUGGCUGUCUGAGGAGAAUGAGACAGCUGGAUAGCUGGGACUUCUGAACAAUUGUUUCAAGCUUUAUGCAUUUUGUGAACAAGGAACUCUAUAUGCUUUCAUCUUGUUACAUAUUUUGGAGAUUAUCCUCACUUAUGAGAGCAAGAGUCUUAAAAUUGACACAAAGUUAAAAAUGGCAGGCUUGUCCUUUUAUGCUUUUAAAUUCUGCUUCAGUGACCUGUUGUGAAUUGGUAUAUCUUGAGUCAGGCUGAUGGCAUUUUGGGAGGCCAUCCUUCUGUUUAUUUUAUGAUACACUCUAAUUUUGAUAAAUGUCUCAAUAAACAGUAUUUGUAGCAGUGUUGAUUUUGCUCUUGCACUUUUCAUGAAUGCUUUUCCUGCCUUGGUGACAUUGUUCUUUGUAUGCUGAGCAAAGUGAAGGAAGAAGCAGAGAGCUGAAAUUAGAGUAUGGGUGACACCUGUGUCUGAUGAUAAUGGGUGUUUCUUGAUGAAGAUGCAUUUCCUUAAGGGAGUUCCUGUUGUGUCACCUGGAAGUAGGGAAAAAAUCUCCUUGAAAUACUGCUGCUAACAUCCUCUACUGUGACUGCAGGAGGGAGUGCAUAGGGGUGCAAGAAGCUCUGAAGAUUGCAUAAAUGCCUUGGUGUGGACCUGGACAAAUCACUUGCACAUGAGUCCAUGCUGUUGGCUGAAAUGCAGAAGAAUGGUCAUGAAACGCGUACGCACAGAACAGAUUCAGAUGGCAGUGUCCUGCUACCUCAAGCGCCGUCAGUAUGUGGACUCAGAAGGUCCCCUAAAACAAGGGCUGAGGCUGUGUCAGACUGCUGAAGAGAUGGCAGCUAAUCUCACAGUCCAAUCUGAGUCUGGUUGUGCCAACGUCGUGUCUGCAGCUCCCUGCCUGGCGGAGCCACAGCAAUAUGAAGUACAGUUUGGAAGAUUACGCAAUUUUCUGACAGAUUCAGAUUCUCAGCACAGCCAUGAAGUGAUGCCUCUUCUGUAUCCCCUCUUCGUCUACCUCCAUCUGAACAUGGUCCAGAAUGGCCUAAAAAGCACAGUGGACAGUUUUUACAGCCGCUUCCAUGGCAUGUUCUUGCAGAAUGCCAGCCAGAAGGAUAUCAUUGAACAGUUGCAGACUACCAUGACUAUUCAAGAUAUCCUGUCCAACUUGAAGCUCCGGGCCUUUCUGGACAACAAAUAUGUCAUCCGCCUUCAAGAGGACAGCUACAACUACCUUCUUCGCUACCUCCAAAGUGACAACAACAACGCCCUGUGCAAAGUCUUGACCUUGCACAUUCACUUGGAUGUGCAGCCUGCCAAGAGGACUGACUACCAGCUCUAUGCUGGUGGGAGCUCCUCACGCAACGAGAGCAACGGCCUGGAACCCAGUGAUGUGCCAGCUUCCAUUCUGCAGAAUGAGGCAGCGCUGGAUUUACUGCAGGACAGCAUUAAACGUGUCAAGGAUGGGCCCCCUUCCUUAACCACCAUCUGUUUCUAUGCCUUCUAUAACACAGAGCAGUUGCUGAACACUGCAGAGAUUUCACCAAAUAGCAAGCUGCUUGCUGCUGGGUUUGAUAAUUCAUGUGUGAAGCUGUGGAGCCUGCGCUCCAGGAAGUUGAAAUCUGAGCCCCACCUUGUUGAUGUAUCCCGCAUCCGUUUGGCUUGUGACAUCCUAGAUGAGGAGGAGGAAGAGGAUGACAACGCAGGCACGGAAAUGAAGAUCCUGAGAGGACACUGUGGACCUGUGUAUAGCACAAGGUUCCUUUCAGACAGUUCAGGACUCUUAUCUUGUUCUGAGGACAUGUCCAUCAGGUACUGGGACCUCGGAAGCUUUACAAACACUGUGUUGUACCAAGGACAUGCCUAUCCUGUCUGGGAUUUGGAUAUUAGCCCCUGCAGCCUGUACUUUGCCAGCGGUUCCCACGAUCGCACUGCAAGGCUCUGGUCGUUUGAUCGGACGUACCCACUGCGAAUAUACGCGGGCCAUUUGGCGGACGUGGACUGCAUCAAGUUCCACCCCAAUUCCAACUACUUAGCAACGGGCUCCACGGACAAAACCGUGCGCCUGUGGAGCACUCAGCAGGGCAACUCAGUGCGGCUUUUCACCGGGCACCGGGGCCCUGUGCUGGCACUCGCGUUUUCCCCCAACGGUAAGUACCUGGCAUCAGCAGGUGAAGACCAGCGGCUGAAGCUGUGGGACUUGGCAUCAGGAACUCUUUACAAAGAACUGAGGGGGCACACAGACAACAUAACCAGUCUUACUUUUAGCCCUGACAGUAGUUUAAUUGCUUCAGCAUCGAUGGACAAUUCAGUUCGGGUCUGGGACAUUCGGAACACUUACUGCAACGCUCCUGCAGAUGGGUCUUCCAGUGAACUGGUUGGUGUAUAUACCGGACAGAUGAAUAAUGUACUGAGUGUACAGUUUAUGGCCUGUAAUCUUCUUCUAGUGACUGGAAUUGCACAAGAAAAUCAGGAACAUUAAUUUUGCUUUUUGUCUUAGGGAAGCGGGUGGGUGUCUUGUAUACCAGAGUCCAUUGCAAACUGAGCUUACUGACUGUGAAACACUUCUCUUCCUCUGCCCCCUUGAAGGGCCUGUUCAGAGUGAUGCAAAUGCUUUAAGACGUCGCAAAAAUGCCUGUGCUAUUGAACAGAAUAACGAAAAAAAGGAGGAUUGAUGAAAAUACGCAUUCUAAUUUUGUACUUUUAGGAAUGGGGAAAAGGGGAGUAAAUCCAGUAACUUGGGGAAACUGAAAGCCUGGCCCAGACAGGUGAAACUGCCAACCAGAUAAGCUGGUGACCUGCACUUAAAUAUCAUUCAUUGAUUGAUGGGCACAUCUUAUCUACUGUUAAUUUGGCUUGAGUGUGUGGAGAACUACUGGCCCAGUGGUUUUUGUUCUGUUUUGCUUUCCUGGUAUUGCAGAGGACCAGCAUUUUUAAGACCCUUCUAUUAAAAGAACAUUACGUAUUUUCUACAGUGAUAGUGGUCCUAAGUAUUUCAGCUCCCUAUAGCACUUCAGGAAUAUUUUGGACUAAAGUAGAAAAUACCCUUGUUCUUUUUCAGUAAGGGCAAGGAAAUCUGACCUCAGUUGGGGCCCAUCUCUGCAUUGUUCUUUGGAUUUGGUUCCUGGUACUAGCUGUGAUUAUGUGUAUUUAUGUUCCAUUAAUUAGGAAAUUUUCUGACUCUGGUUGCUCUGUGUUUUGAGGAAGGGAGGGCAGUGGGGACAGAGUGGUGGAUUUAAGGAUAACAAACAACUUGCCUUGUCUGGAGGGAGGGCACCAUAGAACGGAAACAGCCAAGUUUGGACUCCUAAUGGAAACAGGGCAUGGCUACCCACCACUGCACCUCACAGAAAGAUUUCCAUAAAUGGAAGUGGGCAGCUGGGGAGAGGAGGAUGGGGAGAAACACACGAAGUGACAUGGGAAAAAAUAGUAUUACUAAAUUAUUGUGUGUACACAGAGGCAGCUCUGCCAGUGUUGGAUUUUUCUCAAAUGUUGCAAUACCAGUUUCAUGAACAUUUUGUGAGAUAAAUCAUCAGCAUUUACAAGGAUCUGCAGAAAAAGCACGUUCUAGUUUGUCAUUUGGAGAGAUUAAAUAUUUCUGCUUUCUGGAAA